AUGAUUCAUGGUCCGUGUGGGAAUGCUAAUUUGAAUUGUCCUUGCAUGGUUGAUAAAAGAUGUUCAAAAAACUUUCCGAAGAAAUUCACACCACAUACAACUAUUGAUUCAAAUGGUUUUCCUGUAUACAGAAGAAGAGAUUCAGGUCAUACAGUUAUAAAAUCUGGUGUUAGAUUAGACAACAGAAAUGUUGUUCCUUAUAACAAAAGGCUUUUGAAAAGAUAUCAAGCACACAUUAAUGUUGAAUGGUGUAAUCAAUCCGGUUCAGUGAAAUAUUUGUUCAAGUACAUCAACAAAGGUCCUGAUAUGGCUACUGCGGUAGUUUCUGGUGAUACAAGUUCAACCAUCAAAGAAAAGCCAAAAGACGAGAUCAAUGAGUAUUAUGAUUGUAGAUAUAUUUCAGCUUGUGAGGCAUCCUGGAGAAUAUUCUCUAAUGAGGUUCACUAUAGGUAUCCUGCUAUUAUGAGGCUUCCCUUUCAUUUGCCUGGCCAACAGAAUGUUGUGUAUGGUGCUGAUGACGAUAUUGAUAAUGUUUUAAGCAAGCCUUCUGUUGCUUCUUCAAUAUUUAUGCAAUGGAUGAAGUUGAACGAGACAAAUGAAGAUGCUAGAAAGCUGACUUAUGUUGAGUUUCCUUCCAAAUUUGUUUGGAUACUUAAAGAUAGAUGUUGGCAGGUACGUAAGUUGUACCAGUGUGUUGGCCGGAUUCAUUCUGUAUCUCCUGCUUUGGGCGAACCUUAUUUUUUGAGGAUACUACUGAAUAAAGUUAAAGGACCUAGAUCAUUUGAGGAGAUACAUGAUGACAAUGAAUACGUUGAGGCCAUUAAAGAAGCAAGUUUUGAAGGACAUGCUGGGUAUCUUCGAGCGUUAUUUGCUACCCUGCUAUUGUCGAAUACUCUAUCUCGGCCAGAAUUUGUUUGGGAGAAUACGUGGAAAUACUUAGCUGAUGAUAUUGUUUAUAGACGUCAAAAAGAAACAAAUAUUUCAGGUUUAGUGCUUCCUGGACAUCAGAUUAAGAACCUUACUUUGUUGAAAAUUGAAAACUAUUUAAUUUCCAAUGGUUCAUCAUUACGAAGGUUUGCCACUAUGCCGUACCCUGAUGAUGAUUCCUUACGUGAUGCUUCUAAUCGUCUGAUCAAUGAAGAGCUGUCACAUGACCUAGAUGAAGUACAAGCUGAGUUUAACAGAAAUGGAAUAGUUUUAAAUGUGGCUUCAAGUGGUAUUGCUUCGUUAUUACUUUCCCGUGGAAGGACAUCUCAUUCUCGUUUCCAUAUUCCCAUUAAUCUAACAGAAGAUUCAAUGUGCAAUAUUAAGCCAAAUAGUGAUAUUGCGAGAUUAUUAAAGGAAACCCAAUUAAUAAUAUGGGAUGAAGCACCGAUGGUACCCAAACAUGCGUUUGAAGCUUUAGAUAGGACCAUGACCGACGUAUUUUCGGAAGGUAGGAGUAUUCGUUCGGAUAUUCCUUUUGGUGGUAAAGUUAUUGUAUUUGGUGGUGACCUUAGACAAAUACUACCUGUUAUUCCUAAUGGUACUAGACAAGAAAUUGUUAGUGCGUCUUUAAGCUCUUCAUACAUAUGGGCAAAAUGCAGACUCUUACGGCUGACUAAAAACAUGCGUCUAACUAUUGGAGCUGAAAGUUCGAAUAUGAAGUCUAUCAGAGAAUUUGCAAAAUGGAUUAUUGAUAUUGGUGAAGGAAACGUUGGAGAUGAUAAUGAUGGUGACGCCAUUAUAGAGAUACCAGAUGAUUUACUGAUCACCGAUAUUUGUAACCCAAUACAAAGUUUAAUUGACUUUGUAUAUCCUUCAAUUAUUCAACAAUUUAGGAUUUCUGGAUUUUUUCCUGAGCGAGCAAUUCUAGCACCCAAAAAUGAGGUAGUUCAUGAAAUUAAUGAUCGAUUGCUAUCGUUAUUUCCUGGUGAUGCGAAAGAGUAUCUGAGUUCUGAUAGUAUAUGUCAAACUGAACAAAUUCUUGAUUCUUUUCAACAAAGCUUAUACUCAACAGAAAAUUUAAAUGCUCUUAAGAUUUCUGGCUUGCCUAAUCACAGAUUAGUUCUUAAAGUUGGUGUUCCUGUGAUGCUUCUUCGAAACAUUGAUCAACAGAAAGGGUUAUGUAACGGUACAAGGCUUCAAAUUACUUUUCUUGGUAAACGAGUUAUAGAAGCUGAAGUAAUAUCUGGUGGGAACAUUGGCACAAGAGUUUUUAUUCCAAGGAUUAAUAUGAUUCCGUCUGACAAAAAAAUACCUUUUCAAUUUCAACGAAGACAAUUUCCGUUAUCAAUUUGUUUUGCUAUGACAAUUAACAAGAGUCAAGGACAAUCGUUAUCAAAGGUUGGUCUUUAUUUGAAAGAUCCUGUCUUCACUCAUGGUGAGUUGUAUGUUGCAUUAUCAAGGGUCAAAACCAGAGAAGGCGUUAAAAUACUAAUAUUCGACGCUGAUGAAAACCAACAAAUAAGACUUCUAAUGUUGUUUACAAAGAAGUUGUGA